UCUCCCCACUUCCUUACACCACCAACUCGGGCAAACCUUUCCCUUUUUCCUUACACAUGCACCCUCGCAACCCAGCUUUUUAACCCGCGACUACUCGCCAACGAUGACAUAUCGCAUCAAAUCCCUGUCCAAUAACAAGCCACUCGGCCAGAAACGGGCUUGGACCUCGGUCGUGUCCCUCCGCAACGUGACAUCACAAGGCACAAGGCACCCACCUUCAUCUCUUGGAGCUUGGGUCGAACCCCAUGGCGAGGAUUUACUCGUUCCGGUGGGGGACUCAGCCCCAGCUCUUUGUGACUCGGCCACAUUUCUCAUCUCCUCGGUCAACGGCAUGCUCUGGAGUCUGGACGAUGCCGCAGGAGUACAGGGGCUUACAAUGGCGGGUCCCGAUGGAGGCUGUCGGUGUGGUGGACACUGCGGGUCCGAUCGUAGGGGGCCAGCCUCGGCUAGGGGUAGCCCGGUUAGGUUGUUGGCCUUAGCGAGGAUGGAUGGAUCCAACCUUGCCCUAGAGUCCCAAGAGUUUCCCUAGAGUGAAAAGUGACGCUACGAACUCGCAUGCGUUGCUCUUCCCAUCUCCUCUCCGAUCCCGUCAAAGGAAGAGGGGAUUAUGUCCUGCUCCUCUCCCCUGAGCCCAUUUCACUUCCAGUGCCUCGUUAGGAGCCGUCUGAA